CCCCUUUCCCCUCAUCCCUAUUGCUACCCCCGACGUCGCCGCCAUUGUGGGCGCGCAACUAACAAUUUUUAAAUUGUUUAUACUUUCCGCUUCUUGAACGCCCCUUUGGCUUUCGCUCCUUCAAAUCUCUUAAACCUUUCCUAUUAGGGUAUAGUCGAAUUGAAAGACAAUUAAACGAUUGAACGCCUGGAGGAAUCGAAAUAAAUGUUAUAUAACAUUAUUGUUUGAAAGAAGCGAACUAAGGGUGAUUUAUCACCAAGUGUUCGUAUUAAUAUUUGGUAUUGAUUUCGUACAAGCCAAUGUGUUUAUUAAGCGUAUAAAAUAGAGAAUCAAGACGGUAAUUUAAGUCCUGAACAAAUAGAAGAAUUUAAGGAAGCCUUCUCCCUUUUCGACAAGGAUGGCGAUGGCGAAAUUACUACCAAAGAACUUGGUACCGUCAUGAGAUCCCUUGGUCAGAAUCCUACCGAAGCCGAACUUAAAGAAAUGAUUAACGAAGUUGAUCAAGACGGUAACGGUUUCGUUGAUUUCGACGAGUUUCUCGGUAUGAUGAUGAAGAAGAUGAAAGAAGCCGGAUCGGAGGAUGAAAUUAGCGAGGCUUUCAACCUAUUUGAUAAAGAUGGAGACGGUUACCUAAGCCAUUACGAGAUGAAGCAGGUAAUGGCAAAUUUAGGAGAGAAAUUAACAGAUACAGAAGUAUGGGAAAUGAUAAGGGAAUACGACGCCGACGGAGAUGGAAAAAUUAGUUACAAAGAAUUCGUUAAUGCAAUGACCCAGUGAACGAAGAUAAAAGCGAGAGAGAAAGAGAGAGACUCUAUAUAUACAGUAUAUAUAUAUUGAGAGAGAGAGAGAGAGAAAGAUUAUUCUAUCAUUGAACAUCCUCGUAAAUCUAUACAAUUGUGAUCACUUUAACAGCUUUUUUCUUUCUCAAUAACCAAAUUGAUUACAAAAAAAUAUAGUGAUUGUCGGUCUAAUAAUGAUGUAUUUUACAAAAUGAAUUAGUAGGAAAAGAGAUGAUACUAAAAGAUCUAUUUAUCGAUUUAUAUGAUUUAUUCAUAUGUAUAUUUAAAUAUAAACGGUUUACUGUUCAAUUCUGGAAAGAUUUGCAGUUUUGAACGUCUGUUUUCCUCCCCCUAGCAUUCAUAUCUUUUAUAGUUUAUCAUUAAAGUCUUUUGUUGAAUAAUAUUCAUUGAAAUACAAUCAGCUAAAAGGAAAAUAACCUAUAAAUAUUUCACAAUUCUUUGAUUCCUGUUAAUCGUUCUU